AUACGCAAGAAAAUAUCUUUUCUCGUUUUCUUACAUUUUUUUUGUACCUCGCGCUUCGCCGGCGUCUGGUCUGGACAUGUGGACGUCGAAAACGGGAUUACCUUGAAAGUGAAUGUUCGUCGGAGCUUUUCUAGAAACUUUAGGAGCGGUAGUAGCAAUCUGCUCGCGAUCGCCGCUGUUAUUGAGCCGCACUUUUUCGACGUGCCACGUGUGCUGUAAGCUACCGGCCAACUGGGGCAACAAGAAAGUUCGCUUACAUAAACUGACCGCUGUCAGAAAAAUGACCAAGCCCGAAGACGACCAAGUCCUCGAACCUCUGAGGAGCUCUGUCAAGGAACAGGGCGACUUGGUGAGGAAGCUCAAGGAAAUGGGGGCGCCGGAGCUGGACAUCAAAAAGGCUGUGAAUGAAUUAAAAGCCAGGAAAAAGAUACUCGAGGACAAGGAACUACAACUCGCACCAGUUGAAGCUGGCUUUGACCGUCUGCGCAUGGAGGACCUUCUCCGGCGGCGGUUCUUCUACGACCAGUCUUUCUCUAUUUAUGGAGGGGUGGCAGGCCAGUUUGACUUUGGCCCGAUGGGCUGUGCCAUGAAGACCCAGCUGCUGAGCCUGUGGAGGAGCCACUUUGUGCUCGAGGAGCAGAUGCUCGAGGUGGACUGCACCGUGCUCACCCCAGAGCCCGUCCUCAAGGCUUCGGGACACGUGGAGCGCUUUGCAGACCUCAUGGUGAAGGACAUGAAGAGCGGAGAGUGCUUCAGGCUUGAUCAUCUCAUCAAAGCCCAUUUGGAGAAACUAAGCGCCGACAAGAAGACCACAGCAGAGCAGAAGGCAGAGUACGAAGACAUUGUGGUCAAGCUGGACGGCAUGAACAAAGACGAGAUGACGGCGGUGCUUAGGCGUUUUGCCAUGAAGUCUCCAACCUCUGGAAAUGAGCUCAGUGAUGCCAUUGAGUUCAACCUCAUGUUCUCCACCUUCAUCGGACCCUCAGGGCUCGUGAAGGGGUACCUGCGCCCGGAGACCGCGCAGGGAAUCUUUGUCAACUUCAAGCGUCUGCUUGAGUUCAACCAGGGACGACUGCCAUUUGCAGCAGCUCAGAUCGGCAAUGCCUUCCGCAACGAAAUCUCUCCUCGGUCGGGACUUAUCAGAGUCAGGGAGUUCACGAUGGCUGAGAUUGAGCACUUUGUGGACCCCAACGACAAGUCGCACCCGAAGUUUGCGUCGGUCAAGGACCUGGAGAUGGUGCUCUACUCUGCCUGCAACCAGAUGGACGGGCAGCCCGCAAAGCGCAUCACCAUCGGGGAGGCCGUCGCAAAGGGCCUGGUAGCCAAUGAGACCCUGGGGUACUUCCUGGCGAGGAUCCAGCUCUUCCUGCUCCGAGUCGGAGUCGACCCCGGACGUCUGCGCUUCCGUCAACACAUGGGUAACGAGAUGGCUCACUAUGCCUGUGACUGCUGGGACGCUGAGUGCAAGACUUCCUACGGCUGGGUGGAGUGCGUGGGUUGCGCAGACCGUUCGUGCUAUGACCUGACGCAGCACACCAAGGCCACUGGGGUGCGCCUGGUAGCAGAGAAGACCCUGGCACAGCCGAAGACUGUUGAUGUGGUGGAGGCUGUGGCAUCCAAGCCGGCCCUGGGCAAGCAGUUCAAGAAGGAAGCCAAGGCGGUGGCAGAGGCCCUCGAAGCCCUCACUCUCAAACAACUGGAUGAGCUCGAGAAGCAGCUCGCCUCUCAGGGGAAAGCUGAGGUGCUGGUGGGGCAGAACACUGUCGAAGUCACAGGUGACAUGGUCACGGUAAAGCGCUACCAGAAGACUGUCCAUGUGGACGAGCUGGUGCCAGGAGUGAUUGAACCCUCGUUCGGAGUCGGCCGCAUCAUGUACGCCGUUUUCGAGCACAGCUUCCGCGUCCGGGAUGGUGACGAACAGAGGACGUACCUCUCCCUGCCUCCUGCUGUGGCACCCCUCAAGUGCUCCGUGCUGCCCCUCAGCAACAACCCGGAGUUUGCCAAGUUUGUGCAGAGAAUCUCAUCUGCGCUAACGCAGCACGACGUGCCUCACAAGGUGGACGACAGCAGCGGGUCCAUUGGGCGCCGCUACGCGCGAACGGACGAGGUGGCCGUGCCGUUUGGGAUUACGGUGGACUUUGACACCCUCAAGGAACCGGCCACCGCCACCCUACGGGAGAGAGACUCCAUGGAGCAAGUCCGCUGCCCCCUCGAAGACCUAGCCCCACUUGUGCAAGACCUCGUGCGUGGCAAGGUGACCUGGGAGCAUGUGACGUCCAUAUAUCCACGCUUUGAGCAGCAAGAGGCCACCAAAGCUCAGUGAUCUUAUCACUCGUGCUCGGAAGUCGCUUCGAGGUCACCGCAUGAUCACCGUGGGGGUCCGAUUGAGAUGCACUUGACCCCUGGAGUUCUAUCGAGUCCUGGUUCAGAAAGUGGCGCCCAUUUUAAAGAGUGGGGCGGCAUCCGGACAUGGAUCUGCACGGUAUGCUCGAGAAGUAUUCUAAAUAAAUUACCGCUGCAAAAAGAAAA